CCCAUCUCACUCUCUCUCCCUCCCCAAACUCAUACAACCCUUAUUUCUUCAAUUUUAUCAGAUCUUUCUCAAAUUUAUCGAUUCCUUCGACUGAUUCCAAUCAUGGCGAAGUCCAGUUCAGAAAUCUUCGAGAACAGCAGAUUUUUCGGCAGCAUCGCCUCUUCAGUUCCGUUCAAGAGCUUACUCACAAAAUCAAAGCAGAAGCCGUCUUUGAAUCGACGCUCCAAAUUCCGAUCCAACUCUGAAAACAUAUCUCCGAUGGACCUCAACAUCCGCGAUCCGCCACUUUCCGCCUCUGUUUCGUUCCCCAAAAAAUCGCCUUCAAAAGUCAAAAUCAAUCCGCGCAAGGAAGAACUCCCCAUAUCGACACUCGACCAAAAAGAACCCAAAGCUUCUGAUCCUUCAGUCAAGGUUGCAGUGAGAAUUAUGCCUGCUGUUGGAGAUGCAAUGUUGAGAAAAGUUUCGGAUUCAUUACAUGUUGAUGAAAGGAAAUUUACAUUUGAUGCGGUGUUUGAAUCAAAUGCAACUCAGGAGGACGUAUACCAAUCAGUAGGCUCUCCUUUGGUUAAGGAUGCAUUAUGCGGUUAUAAUGCAUCAAUAAUCGCUUAUGGACAGACUGGGAGUGGGAAGACAUACACAAUGUGGGGACCUCAAAGUGCGAUGGUAGAUGACCCAUCCGUGAGUGGUCUUCAGGGUGUCGCCCCUCGCAUUUUCCAGGAUCUUUUCUCCAAGAUUCAAAAGGAACAAGGGAGUGUUGAUGGCAAACAGAUAAAUUAUCAGUGCCGGUGCUCAUUCCUUGAGGUGUAUGAUAACAAGAUUGGUGAUCUGCUUGAUCCAACACAGCGGGAUUUGGAGAUAAAGGAUGAUGUAAAAAAUGGAUUUUAUGUAGAGAAUUUGACUGAAGAGUAUGUUAGCUGCUACGAAGAUAUCACUCAGAUUCUGAUUAAGGGCCUAUCGAAUAGAAAGAUAGGAGCAACCAAAAUCAACUCCAAGAGUUCAAGAUCCCACAUUAUGUUCACAUUCAUAAUUGAAUCAUGGUGCAAGGAUUCCUCAUCCAAGUGCUUUGGUAGUUCAAAAACUAGUAGAAUCUGUCUGGUCGACCUUGCUGGAUUUGAGAGAAAUGUUGCUGAAAACGCUGGUAGGCAGCAUGUGAAAGAAGGAAAAUACAUAAAGAAAUCUAUGUCGCAGCUUGGGCGCCUUGUCAACAUAGUUGCAGGAAGGCUACCUGACAAAUUGGAUGAAGUUCCAUAUAGAAGUUCUCGUCUGACUCAUCUUCUGAGAGAAUCAUUUGGUGGCAAUGCCAAACUUUCUAUGAUAUGCACCAUUAGACCAGAUUACAAGAGUAGUAGUGAAAGUAUUCGCACUCUUAGAUUUGGACUGCGGGCAAGGCUCAUGAAGAAUGAACCUAUAGUGAAUGAAAUAACUGAAGAUGACGUGGAUGACCUGAGCGAUCAGAUUCGUCAGUUGAAGGAAGAGCUUAUGAGAGCCAAGUCCAGUUCAUCUGAAUCAUUUGAGAGCAGUUCUGGUUACUUUAGUGGAGGAAAUGCACGUCAAGGCUUAAAUCUUUUGAGACAAAGCCUGAAUCGUUCACUGAUCUUGCCCUGCAUAGAGAAUGAUUCCGAAGAGAAUUUAUGUAUCAAUGAGGAAGAUGUGAAAGAAUUAAAGCUUCACAUUGACAAAUUGCGUAGCUCUGAGAAUGGAGAGAGUGUCCUGUACUCCGCGGAAGGAUGUGAGACCGAAUUCACAUGCGAACAUUAUCUAAGCUGUUCGGAGGACAGUGAAGAUGAAGAAAUUAAUUCUAGUGAAAAUCAAACAGAAGUUGUAUGCCCAAACAGCUCUGAAUUAGUGGAGGAUGAUAGCAUUACUAAAGAUUAUGCUGCUAUUGAUCUUCCUCCACUAAUGAAUAACUUGUCAAUCAGCAGUAGUCAUCAGUUGCUCCAAGAUCCUGUUUUGUCCGAGUCACCUAAGAUCAGAAAUUCUCAACGGAAAAGCCUGAUCUUCACAUCAAAACACCUUGAAGACGUGGGACAAAAUCUGGAUGUAAUGAGGCAGUCACAGCAAGGAGAUAACGUUGGAUCCUCCUUAAGAUCUAGCAGAAUCUUUGCAGGCCCUACGGAGUCUCUGGCAGCUAGCCUCCACAGGGGAUUGCAGAUCAUAGACUCUCAUCAGAGGAACUGUGCUCCAGCUAGAUCAUCUGUCUCGUUCUCAUUUGAGCAUUUAGCUAAUGUUUCUGCUGCUCAAGCCUCCCCCGAAAAGCACCCUACAGAUGAGUCAUCUGCUACUUUUGUUUGCAUUAAAUGUCAAGGCGAAAGUGAGGGAAAUGGAACUAGAGAUAGCGUAAAAACAUGCCUGGUGAGGGUGGAUGAGUCAGCAAGUUCAACUGGACUGGCAUCCUGCUUUGCAAAGGAUAUGGAGAAGGAAUUAACUGAAAAGGACCUCAGUGCUAUUUGCAAGGAUCAAGCAGCUCAGAUUGAGCUUCUACACAAGAAGUUGGAGCAAUGCAAGUGCACUAGCGAUCAGUCUGCUAUCAGCAUAUUCAGUAGCUCAACGAAUUUUACCGACUUGAAGAACCAUCUCCAACCAAUCAGUGAGGAAGAAGCUGAUAAAUUCGAGCAUGGAAACCCUGCAAAUAAGCUCCUAACAUGGAAUAGUGAAGAAAAUGAAGAACCAGAACUCAUAAAGGAGAAAUGCGAAAUCAAAGAAGUGCAAGAAAACUACAGUCUUGGCACGAAACAAUCGUUCACUUCUGAAGAGAGGGAAGCACUUCUAAGUGAGAUCGAAGUUCUCAAAAACAAACUGCAGCUCUACACUGAUUCACCAACACGACGAUCAUCUGACAUACUCAGAUCAUCGCUUUUGUCAAAGUCCUACCAUCUUAGAAAAAGCUCCGCAUUUGCUAACAGUGGAGAGGAGCUGGAGAAAGAAAGACAAAGGUGGAUGGAAAUGGAAAGUGAUUGGAUUUCACUAACAGAUGAACUGAGGAUCGAAAUUGAGUCCAACCGGCACCGAGCAGAAGAGGCGGAGAUGGAACUAAUGUCAGAAAAGAAGUGCAUGGAAGAGUUGGACGAUGCCCUCAAAAGAUCUGUCAUCAAUCAUGCCAGAAUGAUCGAGCAUUAUGCCGACCUGCAAGAAAAGUACAACGACGUUGCAGAGAAGCAUAGGGCAGUAAUGGAAGGGAUAGAGGAGGUGAAAAAGGCCGCCACUAAAGCAGGUGGCAAGGGUCGUCAUGGCGCUCGUUUCGCAAAGGCCCUCUCAGCAGAGCUCUCUGCUCUGAGGGUGGAGAGGGAGAGAGAAAGGGAGUUGCUGAGGAAGGAGAACCGAAGCCUGAAGAUUCAACUCAAAGACACUGCAGAAGCGGUGCAUGCUGCAGGGGAACUACUUGUUAGGUUGAGAGAAGCAGAAGCAGCAGCUUCUGAAGCAGAGGAGAAGAACUUGACAAUGGAAGAAGAGAAUGAGAAGCUGCGGAAACAGAUGGAGAAGGUGAAGAGAAAGCACAAGAUGGAGAUGAUAACAAUGCAACAGUAUCUAGCAGAAAGCAGACUACCAGAGGCAGCUUUGAGGGGCCCCAUAUAUAGACAAGAUUCAGAUGAGGUAGCUCCAACUCCUUGUUAUGAUACAAUGGCAGGUGAUGAUGAUCAGGCUUGGAGGGCUGAGUUUGGGCCAAUUUAUCAGCAACCCUUUUAAACGAUGUUGAUUACAUAAACCCACAUUUUUUUUCCUAUUUAUUUCUAUAGCAGUCAGUGUUUGAGUGUGGUUCUUGGCCACAUGAUUCAUACUUAUUUGAACGAUGUUGGUUACAUAUGCUUGAAAAUAUAUAUGUUUUUAAGUAAUU